AUGUGCCAUGGCAGGGUUGCCGCGCCGUCUUGCGUAAGAACCCUGUGCUUCAUCGGCGCCAAGGUGGUUCUCGUGACCGCCGAGGAGUUCCCCCACAACCCGUGCGGCCGCGCGCAUUUCCGGUUGCUGUGGGUGGCGGGCACGACGCCGCCCAGGGCGGUGCUGUGGCUGGAGGGGGUGCACAUGGACUUCGGGGCCUCUCGCGUCCCGCGCCUCGAAGGCGCCGUGCUUGAUCACGCGGUGGCCAAGGCAGUAGCGAUGGGCCUGCCGCUUUCCGUGGACACGUACAUGAAGCAAGACCUCGCCCAGGUCGCCGGCGAGCGAGGCACCGUGCGGCUGACGGAGGACCGCCUGGUGCUCCGGCCAUCCAACGGUGUGAUGGAGGCGAGCGAUUAUCUCGGAGACCAGCACGACUGGGUGCAGGUGGAAGAGGAGGUGACAGAGCGCUUGCCCCGCGCUCUCUUCGAGCCCGCCCGCUCUGAUCCGUAG